CAAUAAUCACCACCAAAACAUGGAGUGGCCACCCGCAAGCAGUCCGGCCGCCGUGGUCGCGGCGCUUCAAACCUUCCUUGCCACGCCGCCAACCGGCAACCCUGUCGAGCCGCUCGAGCUGCUGUGCGACCGUCUUGAAGAGCUGGGGAAAUCGGAUCUCGCGGCGUGGGCCAGGGCCUUUGAGCUGCUGGCCGAUGCCUGUCGGAAAUCUAGCUGGCGCGAGCCUGUCGAGCAGUCGGGCCUCUUGAAGUAUUAUCUCGAGAAGCUGGACCAUGCUACGCUUCCUACUGAGGUGUCGAAGCAGCUGCUGCGCGCCGUGGGCAAUGCUGUCGCUGACAGGGACGAGUCGCGCGCCGUCGUGCUGCCCUGUCUGGAGAAGGUCGUGAGCUGCUUGCAGGACAGGACGCUGAUGCCCAUGGCUAUCAGUGUGCUGUACAAUGUGAGCUUGGGCUACGAGCCCGCCUACAAGGAAGCGGCCGGCCUCCGACUGGACCGCCAACUCUGCCGCCUCCUAUCUGUCGACAGCCCAGUCCACAGCCAGUCCAUCGAGCUGCUCAGCCUCGUCUCCGACCAACUGACCGAAACAGUGCUCUCAGACUCCGAGGACUGCCUGACCGAGAUCCUCGCCGCGAUAAGCGCGUGCGAUGACUGGGACGAUUACAAGAACCUGCAAGCCGCCGCGUCCGUGUACCUGCAAGACGAGAGCAUCCGGCAAAAAACGCUGCAAUCAGACGGACUGCAGCAGAUCGCGCGCACGCUGCUCAAAGCCGACGAGCUGGCGGGGGCGCAGCGGCAGGAUCUAGACAGCGACGAGGCGCGCAAGGAGUUCGAAAACGAAAUGCGCCUGACGACGGGGCUGGUGCUGAACGAAGUGGCCAAAAUCACCGCCGACGACGCCUUCAACCAACGCAACUCGCUCGCCUCGCCCUUUAUCCUCGAGCAGGGCCGUUGGCUGCAGCAGCGCAGCGACAGUCCCGGCCUCCAGACCUGCGCGUGCAUCACGCUGGGCAACCUCGCCGUCUCGGACGCCGUCUGCACGGCUAUGGUGCACGAGCACGCGUACCACGUCCCGCUGAUCGAGCUUUUCGCCACCGCGACCACAGACCCCGCUGCCGCGACCGACGACCGCACGCUCCUGUUCCUUGCCGCCGGCUUCCUGCGCCACCUCGCCCAGCCCAGGGCCAAUGCGGCUCCCGUCGCUGCUGCCGGCGCUGUCCCCGCUGUCGCGAGACUGCUCGCGCGCAAGCAGCCAGAGCUCGACCUCGAGGUCGCGGCCAUCUUGCGCCGUCUCGUGAACGACUCGUUUGAGAACGCGGGCGCGGUCAUCCGGCACGGCGACGACGCCUCUGAGCUUACCCCUCCUUCUACAAACACCUCCCCCACCACAACCCCCAACGCCGCCACUUCCCCUCCCAACGCCCUCAUCCCCGCCCUUCUAUCUACAACCUCCCAAACCAAGACGGCCUUCGAAGUCGGCCGCCUGCUCGUCUCGCUCUGCCGCGAACUGCGCAAAGCCCCGCCCGGCGCAUCGGCAGAGACGCAGGAGCUGUGGGCGCGGCUGCUGCGCUGGCCGGGCGUAACGACGCCGCUGGCGCUGAUGGCGCGGCAGGAGCAGGUGCCGGCGCUACGGUCGGAGGCGCUGUUCGGGUUUAGCUUGAUGGCGGCGAGCCGCGAGGGCGCGGACUGCGUGGGCGUGGUGUUUGGGGGUGCUGGGGCGGGUGCUGGGGAGGGGGUUGUUGCAAGAAGAGAGGAGAAGAAGAAGAAGGAGGAGAAGGCGGAGGAGGGAGAGGAGGACGAGGGUGAGGUUGAGGGCACGAAGGAGGACAAGGAAAGGGCCGAUGCGGCGCUGUUGUUUGGUGUGCUGGAGACGGCGCUCAAGAGCAAUGCCCAGACGCCGGACGCGAAGAACGGGCUCGCACUCGCGUGUUUGGUUGCGCAGAAUGCGGGGGAUGCGGGCGUUCGGGCGCGGUUUGAGGGGCUGGUGAGGGGGACGGGGGGCAGAGUUAUUGGCGAGGUUGGCGGGGAAGAAGAGGCGUGAUUUGGGCGCGGAGGAAGUUUCGAAGUUUAGACGGCAUUGUACAGGGUAUGUUCGGCGACCAAGCAGAUAGUCGGUCAGCGCUGUCUCAGCUGGGGCUUAUGCUUAUAGUGACGGCAGCCGGGGCGGCCCGUUUGGGUAGUUGCUCCUUAGUCAGCGCCGCCGCUUUGCUUUUUCUUCGCCGGCUUGUUCGCAAUCGUCUUCCGUGC